UGGCCCUGGUUGGCAGCACUGUGGUUAUCUGGAUGGCAGCGGAGGACAGGGAGGUGAUGGAAGCCCGCGGCGCAGGAGAAAGCUGCCCCACGCUCUCCAAGGUGGUGCCUGCUGACAGCAUGCCCGAGGUGAAGCCAAAGCUUCCUUUGGAUACAGAACCCCCAAAACUAGAACUGCCUACCCUGGAAGAGAAUGGAAUCUGUGAGGACAGAGAUUGUCCGGGGCCCCCUAAGUCACUAUCUCCAAAGUCUGGCCCUACCACCAAGGGCCAGGCUGGCGAUGGACCUGGACCGGAGCCCAUGCAGCCGCCCCUGCCCCUGGAGACAGAACACCACAACGCGAUGGAGCUGGAGAAGGUGCGCAUGGAGUUUGAACUGACACGCCUCAAGUACCUGCACCAGGAGAACGAGCGGCAGCGGCAGCAUGAGGAAGUGAUGGAGCAGCUGCAGCAGCAGCAGCAGGCUUUGCCUCGCCAGUUCUCAGGAGGCCUCCAGGACCUCUUGCUCCCCCAGAACCAAUUCGCCAUGUUCCUCUACUGCUUCAUCUUCAUCCACAUCAUCUACGUUGCCAAGGAGAUGGUCUUCUUUCUCUUCUCCAAGCAUUACCUGUUCUGUCUGGCGGCCAUCUUGCUGUGUCUGAUUAAAACCUUGUGGUCCUACUUCCAAGGCUUGGCUGGGUUCUCCGACGCUCAGUGA